UUCCGGUGUCGAAGCGGUUCGAGGCAUCAACCCCUAGUCCCCAGAGAGAAACCGCUGCUGGCGUCCUGGGGCUGCGGUUCCAGCCAGAAAGAGACGGCACAGGAGAUCUUGCUUGAAGCAUUCAUAAGCUUUUGCACAGCUAUGAUGGCAUCUACUUGGUCCAUCCAGGCCAACAAGGACCAGGAUGAACUUUUGGAAAUAAAGAUAGAGGAAGAGGAGGUGGAGGAGGAAAAUAAGUAUACCGCCAGACAGGAUCAGAACCUGCAAAAGAACACCACCCACAGCAGGGAGGUCUUCCGACAGUACUUCAGGCAGUUCUGCUACCAGGAAACAUCUGGACCCCGUGAGGCUUUGAGCCAACUCCGGGAACUUUGCCAUCAGUGGCUGAGGCCAGAGACCCACACAAAAGAGCAGAUUCUGGAACUGCUGGUGUUGGAGCAAUUCCUAACCAUCCUGCCCGAGGAGCUCCAAGCUUGGGUCCAGGAACAGCAUCCACAGAGUGGGGAAGAGGUGGUGACUGUGCUGGAGGAUUUAGAGAGAGAGUUGGAUGAGCCAGGAUAUCAGGUCUCAGUCCACACUGAGGAACAGGAAAUGUUCUUGCAGGAGAUGGUAGCUCUAAGAACAGAACAAGAACCCAGAAUGUCCCUCCCGUCUGUGAAAACCCAGCUAAAGUGUGAAUCUCCAGAACUUGAAUCCCAGAAGAAGCAAGUUUCAGAUGUUGAGACUGGAAAUGAGUAUAGGAAUUUAACUCUAAAGCAAGAAGUUUCUGAAGAAAUGAAACCAUAUGGGAAUAUAUCUAGCAAAUUUGAAAAUGAAAUGUCUCAGUCAGCUAGGUAUGAAAAAACUUAUGAACCUGAAGAAAAAAUAGGAGAGCCUUCUGGAUACUCCAGGGAAGAUAAACAACAUACAUGUGAUGAAAAUGGAGUAAGUUUGACUGAGAACUCAGACCUCUCUGAACACCACAGAGUCUGUCCAGGAGAAAAGCCUUAUGAAUGUGAUGACUGUGGAAGAGCUUUUAGUCAACACUCAUGCUUUGUAGAACAUCAGAGGAUCCAUACUGGAGACAGGCCCUACAAAUGCGAAGAAUGUGGAAACACUUUCCGUGGGAGAACUGUGCUUAUUCGACACAAAAUAAUACACAUGGGAGAGAAACCAUAUAAAUGUAAUGAGUGUGGCAAAGCCUUUGGCCGGUGGUCAGCUCUUAAUCAGCAUCAGAGACUUCACACAGGAGAGAAACACUACCACUGUAAUGAAUGUGGCAAAGCCUUUAGCCAGAAAGCAGGUCUCUUUCACCAUCUCAAAAUCCACACAAGAGACAAACCUUAUCAUUGUACUCAGUGUAAUAAAAGUUUUAGUCGGCGUUCAAUUCUUACCCAGCAUCAAGGAGUCCAUACUGGGGCAAAGCCCUAUGAGUGCAGCGAGUGUGGAAAGGCCUUUGUUUAUAACUCCUCCCUUGUUUCCCAUCAGGAGAUCCACCACAAAGAAAAAUGCUAUCAGUGUAAGGAAUGUGGGAAGUCCUUCAGUCAGAGUGGCCUUAUUCAGCAUCAGAGAAUCCACACUGGGGAGAAACCCUACAAAUGUGAUGUAUGUGGAAAAGCCUUUAUCCAGAGGACAAGUCUUAUAGAACAUCAACGAAUUCACACUGGAGAGAGACCCUAUAAAUGUGAUAAGUGUGGAAAGGCUUUCACUCAAAGAUCAGUCCUCACGGAACAUCAGAGAAUCCACACUGGAGAGAGGCCCUACAAAUGCGAUGAGUGUGGGAAUGCCUUCCGAGGAAUCACCAGUCUCAUUCAGCAUCAGAGAAUCCACACUGGGGAGAAACCCUACCAAUGUGACGAAUGUGGCAAAGCCUUCAGACAGAGGUCAGAUCUUAGUAAACACCAGAGAAUCCAUAAUAGAGGUGGUCCCUAUAAAUGUAAAGAGUGUGGGGAGUCGUUUAGGCAGAACUCAGCUCUUAUGCUACAUCAGACUACCCACAAAGGAGAAAAAUCUGGUUCUGUGUGAAGACUGCAGGGAAGCUGUCUCACAGAGUGCAGGCUGGAGGGAAAUACGAAUUUUGAGGUGAUUUAGGACAAAAUGUUAGUCACUAUUGCUGUAAGGUAACUUUGGAUAUUUCAUUAAAAAUACACUCUGCUGCCCAUUUCAUUAGGUGCUGUGGAGAACCAGGAGCAUAACAGCAGAUUCUUUUUCUCAAAGAGUUUACAACCUAGUUUGGGAUAUAUAAGGUCCACCUGUUUAGUCAAGACUAGGACAGUAGAAUUGAUGCUCAAAGUAGUGUAGAAUUAAAGUGGCACUUGGCAAGCUAUAAAUUCUGAAGGACAGAUCACUGUUGCCUGAAGUGGUCAGGAAAGACUUUAAGAUAAAGGUUUGAUGGGGAUAUUUGGAAGGCAAAAGGGAGAAAACAUUUAGGGUAGAACAACUGUAAGCAGAGUGCAUGUAGUUUGGAAGCAUCAAUGACAAGACUAGCCAGCCUAAAGUAGAGAGUUCAUUCAAAUUGGGCAGUUGAUGGCACUACGUUGGAAACAGCUUGAGGACAGACUCUGGGAGGGUUGGAAUGCCAAUAAUUUCACCUAAUACUUUGACACAAAGCACUUUUCUCAUUGAAUUCCUAAAAUAUUUCUAUAAAUUAAAAUCAUUCUCCAUUUUAAAAAUGAGGAUACUCUUGCUUAUGGAGAUGGUGACAUAGCUACAAUAUCACACAAAGGAAAAGACCAGCAGCUUAAGUGCAGUUUUGUGACUUCAAGUCCUGUUCGUUACACUAGUGAUUCCUCAACAUCAGUGAACAUCAGAGUCACCUGUGGAGCUUGUUUAACAUACUUGAGUCCCAGUCACAGAUACUAUGCUUCAUUAGGUCUGAGAUGGGGAUUGAGAAUCUUCAUUUUUAUAGCUCCACAGUCACCUGAUGUACUCUAAAUUUUGAGAAACAUUGCGCUGAAUCACUGCUGCCUUUGUGGUUGCCAGUGAAGUGAGGAAGCAUGAACACAGGCCGCUGCAGAAUUUUAGCAUGAGGAAAGCCCUUCAGGGGACAUAAGCCACCAGCUCUUUACAAUAAACAGGGAAUUAGACCACCAUCAUGCCUAAACACUAGGUCUUCGAGAUGGCCUUUCUGUCCCUUCAAAUUUAAAUGUUUCAAAAAAGACUGACCUAUAUUCCAAGGCUCCCAAGGUUCUUCAGAGUGCAAGCCUUGUGUGUGU